AUGAGUGCCGGCUCAAGACUGCAAGACAAGAUUGUCAUCGUCACGGGGGGUGGCUCUGGCUUUGGCGCUGCUAUCGCCCGUCGGUUCGGCGAGGAGGGAGCCAAAGUGAUUGUUGCAGACAUCAAUGUCGAGGGUGGCGAGAAGGUGGCCGCACAGAGCCCCAACCUGAUCUUCCAGCGCAUGGAUGUUACACAAGAGGGUGAUUGGAGGACGAUUGUCGACCUGGCGUUUUCGAAAUAUGGCGGAUUGGAUACCUUGGUGAACAAUGCCGGCACUACCUAUCGGAAUAAGCCCACUGCGGAGGUAACCGAAGAUGAAUGGGAACGUGUUUUCAAGGUCAACGUCAAGAGUAUCUUCCUAGCCGGCAAGGUCGUAAUGCCUCGAUUUAUGGAACAGGGCAAGAGUCGAGGUGGCAGUAUGAUUAACAUCAGUUCGACGGGUGCCAGUCGCCCGCGACCUGGCCUGGUGUGGUACAACGCAUCGAAAGGUGCCGUCACCAACGCGACCAAGGGCCUUGCAGCCGAGUACGGUGCCCACAACAUCCGCGUGAAUAGUGUGGCACCCUUACUGUCAGGAACGGGCCUCUUUUCCAUGUUUACGGGUAUGGAGGACACCCCUGAGAACCGGGAAAAGUUUAUCGGCAACGUACCCCUGGGCCGUCUGACCGAAGCUGACGACAUCGCGAAUAUGUGUCUUUAUCUCGCCAGUGACGAAGGGAGCUUCAUCAACGGGACGGAGAUGGUGGUUGAUGGCGGCAAGUGUAUCUAA